UAAGGAAAUCUCCCGAGAGGUUCUCGAUUCCAUCGCGCUAAUGUAAAAGCUGCCACUGAAUCUGGCGAAUAACACGCAAAGAAGCUUUCACGAGAGGGAGCAUGUGCAGUACAGGGUCUUGAUGAACCAGAGGAGUCCAAUACAACAAUAUCCUAACCACCGUAGUUAUUAUUGAAAUAUUGAUCCACUGAUAGUUCAUAUCAUGGUAAACAGUUACUUAAAAUCCUAACUACUUGAAUUAAAAGAAUCAAUCGCCUGCGACGUUUAAGAUAAAGUACAGCACGAGGUUCCAUAGACUAAAUCGGCGACUUCUUUGUCACGAUGUCAUACAAGCGUGCACUGCUGGCAGUAUUUGUGGCUUGUUUUUGUGACAGAAUGGAAGGAUUCAGACAUACAAGCUUAUCGUUGGAUAAUGGAAAUGUUAAUGUGUCGUGGAUGUACAACACAGCCCGUGAAGAGUUGUAUUUUGAAGUCAAUGUGAAGGCUGAAGGCUGGGUCGGGUUUGGUUUCGCGUCCACACCGGAGAAUAUGAGUAACUACGAUGUCGUGAUUGGUGGACAGACGGUAGCUGGAACGCCAUAUUUUAACGAUUUCUUUACUACUGGGCUUGGCACGCCAGAGUUGGACGUAAAACAGAGCUACACAGUGGACGGUAUUACAAAACAUGAUGGGAUAACAUCAAUUCGUUUUCACCGUUUGAGGGAUACAAAUGAUCCACAAGACAUUCAGUUUAACGUGACUACUCGAGUGUUUCUUGUGUGGGCUUAUCAUCUGGUUGAUGAUGCGAAUGAUCCAAGAGACUUCAGCAUGCAUUCUCGAAGGGGUCACACAAGUGAAUCUUAUCGUCUCGUCUACGAAAAUAAUCCCACAGACAGCAUGUCAGAUCAACAAAGCCGGACUAUCAUGACGUCAUCACCUAAGCCAAGCACACCUGCAAAAAGAGGACAAAAAUCCCUUGGUGUGCACUUGGGCUUCAGCUUUCUGGUGAUCUCAUUAACAGCAGUUUUAAGCAUCUUGGUGUAACGAUGAUGUAGAUUUCGUGAGGUCUGUUGUGCAAACUUAGCAAACCUUGUGGAGCGUCGAGUAUAGUUUUUGUCAUGGCAAAAAUCAUAUUUCGCUUGCCUUAUAAUUAUCACUCAGGUGUGUAGAUAUCACGUAAACAUACUUAUUUUUUAAGGUGUUGGUCGACAGAAAAACAGGUUGCCAGUCAACAACACAAUAACAUGUCAAUGACGUCAACAGAGAAGAGGCGCGAACUCGUAGAAGAGCUGACUGAGCAACCGGACAUUGUGAUAGAUGUGGACCAGUUUUUAAAGAUCAUGAAAUAAACGAUAUAAUUUUUACUUUUUGA